UUGCUCACCCAAAGAGAGAGAAAGAGGUGAUAUUGAUAAGACGGGAAAAUACCCUAGGCUCUCGCCAGUCUCCGGUGCGGCUCAACACCGACCGAACCCGUGAAAAAUUCGUUCUCCUUUCGAUCCGUUUGGCGGGGGGCUCGGCCGGAUCCGACCGGAGGGGCGCCGCCGAUCCAUCCGGUCGCAGCCGCGUCUGAUUUGGUGCGGAUUUUGGCGAGAUACCCCGCUCCUAGCUCCGCUGUUUCAAGGAUAACAAAGAUGGCGUCGCCGCGGGGCGGGUUCGAUGAGCAAGAUCGCCGGACGGAGAAGGGCACCGAGGUGUUCGUCGGCGGGCUGCCGCGGUCGGCCACGGAAAGCACGCUCCGAGAGAUAUUUUCUUCAUGCGGAGAGAUUAUUGACGCGCGCAUAAUGAAAGAUCAGAGUGGUCACUCAAAGGGAUAUGGUUUUGUGCGGUUUGCAAAGAGGGAUUAUGCUAAUACUGCCAAAAGGCAAAAGAAUGGUAUUGAGGUUCAAGGAAAGAGGCUUGUGGUUGAGCUUUCAAUGGAUCAAGAUACAGUUUUCUUUGGAAAUCUUUGCAAAGAGUGGACUUUAGAAGAAUUUGAAGAAUUGAUUCACAAGGCAUUCAAAGAUGUUGUUUCGGUUGACCUUGCAAUGGCGUCAAAUCUUGGUUCUUCAAACAAGAAGAAUAUCAAUCGAGGCUUUGGAUUUGUGAGAUUUUCUUCUCAUGCAGCUGCAGCACGUGUAAUCCGCAUCGGUUCAAGAACAGAUUUCAUGCUUGGUGAUAUUUUGCAUCCUGCGAUAAAUUGGGCUGAUAAAGAGUCUCAUCUGGAUCCUGAUGAAAUGGCCAAGAUGAAGUCUGCUUUUAUUGGUAACCUGCCAGAAGAUGUUAAUGAGGAGUACUUGAGAAAGCUUUUUGGACAGUUCGGUGAGGUAGUACGGGUUGCUAUCUCAAGAAAAGGACAAUGUCCAGUUGCUUUUGUUCACUUCGCCAAACGUUCAGAGCUUGAGAAUGCUAUAGAAGAAAUGGAUGGUAAAACGGUGAGAGGACCUGGUCGAGGGCCGUCUUUCAAGAUCCAGGUGUCAGUUGCUCGACCUACGGCAGACAACGACAAGAAGCGAUCUCGUGAAGAAGUGAGAACUAGAAGAUCAAAUGCAUCAGGAGAUAGGCGAGAUUAUUCUCAUGGAAGAUAUGGACACGAUUCACUUGAUCGUCAAGUGAAAGCUCCAAGAUUAUCUAAUUAUGUGGCCGAUGCUGCUGACCCCUAUGAAUCAGCUGUUAAUUCAUUACCUUCAGCUGUCAAGGAAGUCUUGCUUCGAAUUCUACGUCUAAGAAUUGGUACUCGAUAUGAUAUUGAUAUCCAUUGUGUUAAAAGCCUUGAUGAGCUUCCUGAGUCAUCUGCUCUUGCUGUCCUUAAUCAGUUUUUGAUAUCAGGUGGAGACAAACACAACAAAGGAGAUUAUUUUGCAUCGUUGGUUGCUAAGCACCAGGCUGAGACCUUUGGCUUAACACAUGCAUUACACGGUACCACUUAUUUGUCAAGAAAUCCGGAAAUGCAUAGCAAGCGAUACCCACAUGAAGAUUAUGAUUUUGUGACACCCAGGAGCAGUAGGUACGAUUCGUCAGCCCAUCAUCCUUCAACAUACUACGAAGACGAUCCACCAGUGUCUGAGUCAAGGGUUAGAAGAUAUGCUGAAGAAAGGUCCACCAUUGUAAGAAGCCCAGAACCACGUCCGCGAUAUGACGAAACAGACAUAAGAAUAAACCCAGAACCAAGAUUACCAUAUGAAUCAAGACACAACGCCGAAAAGCAUCUCGAUCGAAGAUACAUACAAGAGCAUAGUUCAAAUAUUGAAAGACCAGCUGAAGAAGCUCUCCUUUCUAGGGAAAGGAGAUUUCUGCCUGCUGCAGGGUACAUGCCGAACCCAGGCGGCUCGGAUUUCCGCUCCAGGUCGCCCGCCGAAUAUUCAGCACAACGCCAACAAAUGAGGUUUGAUCCAUUCACAGGUGAACCUUACAAGUUUGAUCCCUUCACAGGGGAGCCCAUCAGGCCAGAUCCGAACCAGCGCCGCUCAGGAAGCCUGUACUGAUCAGAUUAGUUGGAGCGAUAUGCCAGAUAAGACCCUGAAACAAAGCUAGAUCUGGAUAACUCUUCUUCUUGUCUGCCAAGUGUCUCUGUGAUUUUGCUUGUGGGCUACAGAUCAUGUACCCCGAGCACCAUGUGUGAUCCAGUCGGACUAAUCAUUUCGGCAUUGAAAAGUCGGACUAACUUUUUUUGUGCCCAUAACGCUACGUAUUGUUUGGUAGAUUAAUUAAAAAUUCAUCCGGUGAAAAGCAAUUUUCUGGUA